AUGAGCGAGAUGGUUGUGAUUCCGAACACGCCGACACUCGUCGCCGAGCAGAACAUCGAGCGACCGCGCGCCACCGCUCCAGCACCACCACCGGCACCAGCAGCACCAGCAGCUCCGCGAGCCUCGAAACGCGAGCAGCAUUCGAAACGCGACAAAUUGCCGACGGUCGGCGAGGUGAUCAUCAACGAGCGAAACGAGCCGAUCAUGCUGAAGACGAAGCUCGGCGAUGGGGCAAUGGGCCACGUGUUUCUCGCCACCUACGACGGCGAGGCCGUGGCCGUCAAAACCGAAAAAUAUUCGACGGCCAUGCUGCCAAUGGAGCUUCGUGUGCUCUCGAUUGCGCAACGCGAGAAAUGCAAACACUUUUGCCGGAUUUAUGACUAUGGAACCGUUCGAAAAGAGUUCAACUACAUGAUCAUCACACUUCUAUAUAAGGAUUUGUAUCGAUUGCGGUCGGAAAUGGCGAAUCGCUCGUUCUCGCUGAACACUUCCACUAAAAUCGCGUUGGACACUCUUGAGGCCAUCGAGGAGCUUCACUCGAUCGGAUUUUUGAGUCGAGACGUGAAGCCGAGCAAUUUUGCGCCCGGGUUACGGGAACAACAGAAGCACAAAACGAUAUUCAUGUUUGAUUUUGGUCUCGCCAAGAAGUUUGUCGAUCGCGAAAAUCGAAAACUGAAGUCUCGCGGCGAAGUUGGCUGGCGGGGUACGGUAAGAUACGGUAGCUUGAACGCGCACAAGAGAUUGGACCUUGGACGACGCGACGAUAUCGAAUGCUGGUUCUACAUGCUCAUUGAGAUGUACGUCUCCGAAUUGCCGUGGCGUUUUUUGACGGAACGCGCCGCCGUCGGAAAAGCGAAAGAGCACGUGCGAGCCGAGGGACGCAAGAAUUUCUUUCACAACGUCCCCAAACAAUUUGAAACGAUUCUCAACAUGAUUGACGGCUAUCAAUUCGAGACGCGGCCCGAUUACAAGGCAAUCAAGCGGCUUAUUCAAGAAGUGCGCAAUGAGAAUGGUUUGACGGAUCGCGUCAAGUGGGACUGGCAGACGGACGAGUCGCAGCACUCGGAGCUCACCGAGACGACGUCGGUGAUGUCGGACAACGCGAUUCUCGCCGAGGAGGGAACUAUCAAUUUAACCGAGACAGCAAAGCAGCGCUGCUCCAUCACUGGUGAGAAACUCGCGCGAGCCGAUGAAGAAGCCGUCGGACAUGAAGGCGGUAAAGACCGAGUCCACCGCGACAACAGUGAAGCCGGAUAA